CCCAGCCCAGCCGCGGCGUUUCCUCUGCUCACGCCUCCACCGUCACAUCUAUCUACUCUCUCUCUCUCUCUCUCUCUCUCUGUUCUUGUGCCGGCAUGGCGGAGCAGCUCAUCUCCACGGCCGUGCACCACAUGCUGCCCGACAGCUACGUCCGGUCGGAGGCGGACCGGCCGCGCCUGGACGAGGUCGUGCCCGACGCCGACAUCCCCGUCGUCGACCUCGCCAACCCCGACCGCGCCGCCGUUGUCGCCCAGAUCGGGGCCGCCUGCAGCUCCCACGGCUUCUUCCAGGUGCUCAACCACGGGCUGCCGGUGGAGGUCAUGCUCGCAGCCAUGGCGGUGGCGCACGAUUUCUUCCGCCUCUCGCCGGAGGAGAAGGCCAAGCUCUACUCCGACGACCCGGCCAAGAAGACGCGCCUCUCAACCAGCUUCAACGUGCGCAAGGAGACCGUGCACAACUGGCGCGACUACCUCCGGCUGCACUGCCACCCGGAGGGGCCAGCCAAUCCGCCGCCCUUCAGGGAUGUGAUCAGCACAUACUGCAAAGAGGUCCAGGAGCUCGGGUUCAGGUUCUACGCGGCGCUAUCGGAGAGCCUGGGGCUGGAGCAGGACUACAUCAAGAUGGUUCUCGGCGAGCAGGAGCAGCACAUGGCGGUCAACUUCUACCCCAAGUGCCCGUCACCAGAGCUGACCUACGGGCUCCCGGCGCACACGGUCCCCAACGCCCUCACCAUCCUGAUGAUGGACGAGCAGGUCGCCGGGCUGCAGGUGCUCAAGGAAGGCCGUUGGAUCGCCGUCAACCCGCAGCCUAACGCGUUCAUCAUCAACCUCGGAGACCAGCUGCAGGUGAGGGCAGCAGGCGUCACGGCAGCAGGCGGCGCGGCAUCACGCGGCACGGUAGCAGUCGGCGCGGAAACAAGUGGCACGGCAGCAGGCGGCGUGGAAGCAGGUGGCGCGGCAGCACGCGAUGCGGAAGCAGGCGGCGCGGCUAGGGUCUCCGCGGCAGCGAGAAUGAUAAAUGCCUUGGCCAGUGCCAUUCGCACGGGCGUCGACAUCUUCAAAUGCGCUAACAUCGACACUGACGAGUGACGAGUGAAGAAUACUGUUUUGCUACCUCUGUCCAUAAGAGGUGAGAUACUAAGCGACUGGGAGUUAGCUAAGGGUUCCUUUGAUUCAAUGGACUUUCAUAGGAUUUUUGAAGGGUUAGAAUCCUUAGAAAUUUUCCCUAUGUUAGGCAUUUGAUUCACACGAUUGAAUCCUAUAAGAAUUUUUCCUACGGAAUCAAGCAUCCAUUUCAACCUUUUUUUACAAAUCCUUUGUUUUUCCUGUGGCAUCAAACACUCUAUGCAAAUCCUAUAGGAUUUAAAUGGAUCUGCCACUUAAA